UCUUCAUGGCAUUCAGUCGGAGCGCGUACGUCGUAUAGAAUAGAAGCAUUUAAUGAGCUUUUCAAAAACAACUGUAGAUACAUACAUACUUACAGACGACAUACUUGGUUGCCGCGUUACGCGUUAGCGUGACCAACUACGCUGCGGUGGAGCGUUUUUAGCUAAAAAAUUUUAUUUUUCUAAUUUCUGCUGUAAAAUUUUAUUGUGCCAAUGUGAAUCACAACAAUCCACUGAGAAUUUAUAACAACAAACAACAAAAAACAACCGCUAUAAAACUUAAGUGUAGCAAAUUGUUCAUACAUAUCAUACAUAUGUAUGUAUGUAUAUUUAUAACCGUGCAUAAAUUUUGUAAGACAUAGAAGAAAAAACAAAAACAAAAAUAAAAACAAAUGAAAAUGCAGUGCCAAUUACUCAACAAGUGUAACUUGACAUUUUUACUGUUAUGUUUAGUGGCGUUUCAAUUGGCGGCAUGUUGUACGCGUGCACCAACACAUCUACCGCAUGGUAGGCGUUCGCGCGGCGACAAUGGCUAUAGAUUAAUUGUGGCCGAGGGUGAUAUUGGCUAUGUGCCGGGCGAAACUUAUAACGUUUUGCUAAUCGGUGCACGAACCCAUGAAAAGGUACAACAUUUCACUCAUUUCACAAUAACUGCCGAGGCCCACAUACCCGGCCGUCGUGCGCAGCCUGCAAGCCCCAAGCGAGUUGGACGAUUUGUACUCUUUAGUGAUGCGUUGACGAAAUUUAGUGACCGUUGCGUCAACACUGUGCAGGAAGCAGAAGACUUACCUAAAACGGAAGUGCAAGUAAUGUGGACAGCGCCAGCCGUGGGCUCGGGCUGUAUUUCUAUUUCCGCUAUGGUCUAUGAGGGUCCACGGGCAUGGUACUCGGACGAUGGGCAAUUAACAAAGGUCGUAUGCGAACGGAAAACCAAUGUGCAUACAGUGAAGAAGGAAUGUUGCGCUUGUGAUGAAGCUAAAUAUAGCUUCGUUUUCGAGGGUAUUUGGUCGAAUGAAACACAUCCGAAGGAUUAUCCUUUCGCAAUUUGGUUAACACAUUUCUCAGAUGUCAUUGGUGCUUCACAUGAGUCGAAUUUUUCAUUCUGGGGUGAAAAUCAUAUCGCCACAGAUGGCUUCCGCUUCUUGGCAGAGUUUGGAUCGCCAUCAGCUUUAGAAACUGAGCUGCGUGCUAGAGGUCCACGUUUGAGAACGCUUAUAAAAGCCGCUGGUCUCUGGUAUCCGAAUGUGAAUACUAAUACUUCUUCGAAAUUCCGUGUUGAUCGCACACAUCCAAAAGUGUCUUUGGUGUCCAUGUUUGGUCCUUCCCCUGAUUGGGUUGUUGGUAUAAGUGGUGUAGAUUUGUGCACUGAAGAUUGUUCAUGGAAGGAGUCGUUAGAUUUUGAUCUCUAUCCGUGGGAUGCCGGCACUGAUAGUGGCAUUAGUUACAUGUCACCGAAUGCAGAGACCCAACCGCGAGAGCGCAUGUACCGCAUUACAACUAUGUAUCCGGAGGACCCACGUUCUCCCUUCUAUAAUCCUAGUAGCAGUGAUAUGACACCUUUGGCCAAAUUAUAUAUCAGACGUGAAAAGAUAAUCUCGAGAAGCUGUGACGACAACUUUUUGGAAGCUUUACAAUUGGAUGUCUCUGAUGAUGUUGAAGAACAGGAUAUUAGACCGGAAUGUCAUUUAACGCCGUACAGUGAGUGGAGUCCAUGCUCCGUCACCUGCGGCAAGGGAAUACGUAAACGCACGCGGGAAUAUGUUAACCCGGAAGCGGCCGCUGCUGCCGAUUGUUCCCGUCAGACGGUAUCGAAGGAGAUGUGCGCAGCACCAAUAGCAGAAUGCAACGAUCAACCACAAGAUGAUGAUGAUGAAGGUGAAAAUUUGGCACAUGCUAUCUCUUUGGUAUCGGAUGAUGGCGAAGGUGCUGGUAUUUGCAAAACCACCGCAUGGAGUGUUUGGUCCGAGUGUUCGGCUAGUUGUGGUAUUGGUAUUACAAUGCGCACACGUACAUUCAUCGACCACACUGGACGCAAACACUGUCCCCAUAUUACCAUAGUUGACAAACAAAAAUGUAUGCGUCCUGAUUGUAAGUUCGAAGAAGUUGAACUGCCUGAUCCUAUGUGUCCGACAACACAAUGGAGUGACUGGAGUCCAUGCACUGCUACUUGUGGACGUGGUGUUACUAUCCGUACACGGCUUUUACUAUUGGAGAAUGGAGCAAUGAAGGACAACUGUACGAAACGCAUGGAGCUGAAUCAGCAAAAGGAAUGUAACGUGCCACAAGACUGCACCAUUAACAUGGAUAUGGCCAAAGAUAUUUGUGUGCAGCAUUAUGAUAGCGGUCCUUGCCGUAGUUCUUACCAACGUUAUGCCUACAAUCACGUGAGCGGUCGCUGCGAGAGUUUCACCUAUGGCGGUUGUCGCGGUAAUCGUAAUAACUUCCUUACCGAACGCGAUUGCUUAAACGCCUGCAGCAUGUUGCAAUCUGUUGAACCCACUUACAGCCGCCCUCCGGCUACCAUUCGAACUCAAUCAAGCUCGCAUCAAGCACCGACCUAUCAAACUGUCGAUUGUGUAAUGUCUGAAUGGUCUAAUUGGUCUGAAUGCAGUGUAAGCUGUGGCGCAGGCUAUUCGAAUCGUAAUAGGCAUGUAAUAAAGGAACCUAGAAAUGGUGGUCAGCCGUGUCCAAAACGUAUGGUGAAGGUACGACGCUGCCAAAUGGCUGACUGUUGAUGAAUUCUCAACAUGUGCACACUUAGGUGAAUGAAAUUUAAGG